GACUCCCCCGGCUUCCGGUUCCGCGGACGCAGCCGCCCGGGUCCGCGCCGAGUCGCCGUCUUCCGUGAGCCGCUGCGCCGGCCGCCGAGAUGCCGCUGGAGAACUUGGAGGAGGAGGGUCUGCCCAAGAACCCCGACCUGCGCAUCGCGCAGCUGCGUUUCCUGCUCAGCCUGCCGGGGCACCGCGGGGACGCGGCCGUGCGCGACGAGCUGAUGGCGGCCGUCCGCGAUAACAACAUGGCUCCUUAUUACGAAGCUUUGUGCAAGUCCCUUGACUGGCAGAUGGACGUGGACCUGCUCAGUAAAAUGAAGAAGGCAAAUGAAGAAGAGCUGAAGCGUUUGGAUGAGGAACUGGAAGAUGCAGAGAAGAAUCUGGGAGAGAGUGAAAUCCGUGAUGCCAUGAUGGCAAAGGCCGAGUAUCUCUGCCGGAUAGGUGACAAGGAGGGCGCUCUGACAGCUUUUCGCAAGACUUACGACAAAACCGUGGCCCUGGGCCACCGACUGGAUAUUGUGUUCUAUCUCCUUAGGAUUGGCUUGUUUUAUAUGGAUAACGAUCUCAUCACACGAAACACCGAAAAGGCCAAAAGCUUAAUAGAAGAAGGAGGAGAUUGGGACAGGAGAAACCGCCUGAAAGUGUAUCAGGGUCUCUAUUGUGUGGCUAUCCGUGAUUUCAAGCAGGCAGCUGAGCUCUUUCUGGACACAGUUUCAACAUUUACUUCCUAUGAACUCAUGGAUUAUAAAACCUUUGUGACUUACACUGUCUAUGUCAGCAUGAUUGCCUUAGAGAGACCAGAUCUGAGGGAAAAGGUUAUUAAAGGAGCAGAGAUCCUGGAAGUGUUGCACAGCCUUCCAGCAGUUCGGCAGUACCUGUUUUCACUCUAUGAGUGUCGUUACUCGGUUUUCUUCCAAUCAUUAGCUGUUGUGGAACAGGAAAUGAAAAAGGACUGGCUCUUCGCUCCUCAUUACCGGUACUAUGUGAGAGAGAUGAGAAUCCAUGCCUACAGCCAGCUGCUGGAGUCCUACAGGUCAUUAACACUUGGCUACAUGGCAGAAGCCUUUGGUGUUGGUGUGGAAUUCAUUGAUCAGGAACUCUCCAGAUUUAUUGCUGCUGGGAGACUACACUGCAAAAUAGAUAAAGUAAAUGAAAUAGUGGAAACUAACAGACCUGAUAGCAAGAACUGGCAGUACCAAGAAACCAUCAAGAAAGGAGAUCUGCUACUCAACAGAGUUCAGAAACUUUCCAGGGUAAUUAAUAUGUAAAACCAUGUGCACUUCAGAGACAAAUGGAGAUCGACAGCUUUCUUUACUAUGAUGUUCCAGUUUAAAAAUAAAGAGUGUGUUGUUUCUUCA